AACGAAGGUAUCACGCGCUGGGAAGGAGCUUGAUUUAUUCCCAAGACCCAGGCUCCUCACCGCGAUAGCCCGUUCGCGGAGCUCUCUAUGUUACGAAGGUGUCACGCGCUAGGAUGGAGCUUGCCCAAGACCUACAACGAUAUAACCCAAAUAGGAAUGUAUAAAUUAACAAAGAUGUUACCAUUAAAUGUUAACCAACUUGUAAUACUACUAAUUCGUUUCCGAUUGUUACAAGCUCCAUCUCAGCGCGCCACAUCCAGUAUCGUUGUGCGGAGUUAGUUGUGCCGGUACCCGAUAUCCAUUGCGCAAUGGAUUCUGCGCUCGCGUGUCUAAGUUAGAGACAAGACACUAGUUUGACCAGCUGAAAAGACUAACGAUGUUGUUGUCGAGAAUAGUUCAAAACCACAGUUUGGCCAACCGAUUACGAACUUCUGUGUUGGUUUGCAGACCAAAGAUUAAACGUGAAAUUUUCUCGAUGUCAUGUUUAGGAAACCAGACCCAAAGAUGCCACGCGCGUUUGCUGUUCAACAGUUUACUACAGUUGGGUGCAAAAUGUGACUUUCUUCCCAAGACCUCGCCAAGGACGAUCAUAUCGAGGCAUAAGUCUUAUAAAACAAAACCAAAGACCACGUUACCCUUCGAAGUCGAUUCCAAUGUGUCGAAAGAUGUGUUAGUGUAUUCAUUCAGUGGGAGUCGCUUCUACAAGUUGAUCACAUUGUUUGGGGCUUCCCAGUUUAUAUUUUGGAUGUAUUUGUCAAUAUUUUCAUUCAGCAAUUUGAAAGACAUUUCACAAGAGGACGAGGACAAACAGUUAGGCAUUAAAAGAGAUGAUAGUCUGGUUUUUAAGGUACUGAUGCCGGUGAAAGGCUAUUACAAAACAGGACUUGGCUUUCUCUUCCUGAGCGUAGGUUCAAUGGUGCUGUUCAUCUGUUGGAUCUACCCACAACGUGCUGUGAACCAACUCUGGCUGUUGAAGGGAGGCAAGGGGGUACAGAUAUCCACCUACACUUGGUUUGGAAACACACGCUCCUUCUCAUCGCCACUCAACCAUCUCUCCUGCCUGCAGUCACGCACAAGCUCUUCAUCACAGAUUUCAAUGAAAGUCAAACACCAUUGGUUCCAUUUUCUCUUGGACAAAAAAGGAAUCUUUCACAACACAGAGCUUUUUGAUCAUGCUGUUGGACUUCAGAGGAAUCUAAAGAAAUAAUUCAUGAACUAUUAGUUGGUUUCUUUCAUAGUGUACAGAGUACAUGUGUUAUAAAUAUAUCGUGUGUGCAGUGUGU